GGCGGCGGAGGCGCAGGGUUGCGGCUGCUAUCUGCCAACGUGCGCCAGCUGCACCAGGCGCUGACCGCGCUGCUGAGCGAAGCGGAACGAGAGCAGUUCACUCACUGCCUGAAUGCGUACCACGCGCGCCGCAACGUUUUCGACCUGGUGCGCACCCUGCGCGUCCUGCUGGACAGCCCGGUCAAGCGGCGCCUGCUACCCAUGCUGCGUCUGGUCAUCCCGCGCUCGGAUCAGCUCCUCUUCGACCAGUACACUGCCGAGGGCCUCUACCUGCCUGCCAACGCCCCCUACAGGCAGCCCUCCUGGUGCGGCCCCGACAGUGUGGGUCCGGGGGAGGUGCGUCUGGUGAGCUUGCGGCGCGCCAAGGCCCACGAGGGACUGGGCUUCAGCAUCCGCGGGGGCUCAGAGCACGGCGUGGGCAUCUACGUUUCCCUGGUGGAGCCGGGUUCCCUGGCCGAGAAGGAAGGGCUGCGGGUCGGGGACCAGAUUCUGCGUGUCAACGAUAAAUCCCUGUCCCGGGUGACACAUGCGGAGGCUGUCAAGGCUCUGAAGGGCUCCAAGAAGCUGGUGCUGUCUGUAUACUCGGCAGGGCGCAUCCCUGGGGGCUAUGUCACCAACCACAUCUACACCUGGGUGGACCCGCAGGGCCGCAGCAUCUCUCCACCCUCCGGCCUGUCCCAGCCCCAUGGCAGCACUCUGAGACAGCAUGAGGGUGACCGGAGGAGUGGCCUGCACCUCCUGCAAGGCGGGGAUGAGAAAAAGGUAAACCUGGUGCUGGGGGAUGGCCGGUCCCUGGGCCUCACCAUCCGCGGAGGAGCUGAGUACGGCCUCGGCAUUUACAUCACCGGUGUGGACCCAGGCUCGGAAGCAGAGAGCGGUGGGCUCAAGGUCGGGGACCAGAUUCUGGAGGUGAACGGGCGGAGCUUUCUCAACAUCCUGCACGACGAGGCUGUAAAGCUGCUCAAGUCGUCUCGGCACCUCAUUCUGACCGUGAAAGACGUGGGGCGCCUGCCGCACGCGCGCACCACCGUGGACGAGACCAAAUGGAUCGCCAGUUCCCGGAUCGCGGACAGCGCUGCCGGCUCUCCAGGGUUUCCGGGGGACCUCACCACAGAGGGGACAAACAAGCUGGGAUUUUACAAGGGCCCAGCUGGCUCCCAGGUGACCCUGAGCAGCCUGGGGAACCAGACGCGAGUGCUGCUGGAGGAGCAGGCCCGUCACGUGCUGAAUGGGCAGGAGUGUGCCACCAUGGCCUACUACCUGGACCAGUACCGCAGGGGCAGCAUCUCCGUGGAGGCCCUCGCCACCGCCCUGUUCGAGCUGCUCAACACCCACGCGAAGUUCGCACUCCUCUCUGAAGUGAGAGGCACCAUCUCCCCGCAAGACCUGGACCGCUUCGACCACCUGGUGCUGAGGCGGGAGAUCGAGUCCAUGAAGGCAAGGCAGCCACCAGGCCCCGGGGCUGGGGACACCUACUCUGUGGUUUCCUACAGUGACACGGGCUCAUCCACUGGAAGCCACGGCACCUCCACCACUGUCAGCUCGGCCAGGGAGCGGCUGCUGUGGCUUAUAGACCUGAUGGAGAACACCCUGGACCUGGAGGAAACUGGUGAGGCCGUGCAGGGUGGGGCCAACGCCCUCCCCGACGUGUCCGUGGACGAUGUCAGACGCCCCUCCGAGGGGCUGCCCAGCGCCAGGCCACCGCCUCCCCCGCCACCUCUGGCUCAAGGCCAUGACCGCCCGCUUGGCCCGUUGAGGAAGCCUGGACAGGAGGACCCCCCCGCUCCCUCCUCCUCCUCUUCCCACUCAGGCAUCGUCUUCUCCGCACCGCCACGGAACCACAGCCCACCACAGGGCACCGCACCCACCCCAGGGACUUCUCCGGCCCAGGACUCGCCCUCCUCCCCCAUCUAUGCCUCUGUCUCCCCUGCCAACCCUGGCUCCAAAAGACCGCUGGACGCCCACCUGGCCCUGGUCAAUCAGCAGCCCAUCGGGCCCUUCCCUCGGGUCCAGUCUCCGCCGCACCCAAAGAGCCCCCCUGUCGACAUCCCGGGGGCUGGGGGCUGCCUCCCGACACCCUCACCCUCUGACCCGCCAGACCAGAUCAGCACCAACCAACACUUCGUCACGGUGGAGGUGCACCGCCCCGACAGCGAGCCGGACGUGAACGAAGUGCGGGCCCUGCCCCAGAUGCGCACAGCAUCCACACUCUCCCAGCUCUCUGACAGUGGGCAGACUCUGAGUGAGGACAGUGGUGUGGAUGCCGGCGAGGCGGAGGCCAGUGCCCCAGGCCGAGGCAGACAGAUGGCAUCCACCAAGAGCAGGAGCAGUAAGGAGCUGCCGUGGAGCGAAAGGACCGCAGAGGCGGGCAACAAACCGCCUGGGCUUCUAGAGCCAACGUCCACCCUGGUCCAAGUAAAGAAGAGUGCAGCCACCCUGGGCAUCGCCAUUGAGGGUGGGGCCAACACACGCCAGCCGCUGCCAAGGAUCGUCACAAUUCAGCGAGGGGGCUCAGCCCACAACUGUGGGCAGCUCAAGGUGGGCCACGUGAUCCUGGAGGUGAAUGGGCUGACGCUACGUGGCAAGGAGCACCGGGAGGCUGCCCGGAUCAUCGCCGAGGCCUUUAAGACCAAGGACCGCGACUACAUCGACUUCCUGGUCACUGAGUUCAAUGUGAUGCUCUAGAGGCCAGUGCCGAGCACCUCCCACCACUGUGCAGCUCCUGGUCCCCGUCCCUUCCCUGUCCUGGCAAUUUCAGGCUCCCUGAGGAGUGGGGGCUGGAUGGCCAGGGUGGCAGGAAGGCACCCUCUACUCACUUUGUCCUGACCUACUGGACCAGAGUCGGGCAAGGUAGACGGCAGGUCAGAAUCUGUGCCCGUACACUGUAGGCGCUUGGUAUAAGGGGGCUGCAGGAAGAGGAGGGGGGUUGGACGGGGGGCUCUGCUGCCCCUUGGCCCUGAUACCUGAGCCUUUGUCCAGAGUGAGGUCACAGGAGAAUCCAAGGAUGCAGUUUCCUGCCACGGGCCUCCUGCAGGACCUUCAGUGCCACAAAUAAGCAUCAAGACACCCCCACUCCCACCCCUGUUUCUCCUGGCUCCUCAUCACCGUGGUAUUUAUUAUUUAUUUUCCACCCUGAACUGCGGGGACCUCAAAGCCCCAGCUUCCCUCUGCACUCCCAGCCUAUCCCAGAGGCCUUGCGGGCGACCAACAACGUCCGUGUAUUUAUAUACAGAGCUUAUGACUUUAAUUUUUCAAUAAAGAAAUCUGAACCAGGUU